AUGAAGAACUUUUUCACGACUAUCGAUGUUAUUGCUGCUGUCCGCGAGCUGCAGAGCAUCGUCGGCAUGCGCGUGCACAACAUCUAUGAUAUCAAUUCAAAAACGUAUUUGAUCCGUUUCAAGGAAAAAGACCGUAAAGCCGCUGUAUUAUUCGAGUCCGGUAUUCGGAUUCACCUGACUGACCGUGAAUGGCCGAAAAAUCAGAUGCCGUCCAGUUUCAGCAUGAAGCUGAGAAAACACGUCAAAAAUUCUCGUCUCGAGGCCGUUCGUCAGCUCGGCGUCGAUCGCGUGGUCGACCUCGAAUUCACCGACAAAGAAGGCAGUCUUCACGUGAUUAUCGAACUCUACGAUCAGGGUAACAUCCUACUCACCGACGCCCAAUACACCAUUCUGAACAUUUUGCGGCCACGUACGGACAAGGAUAAGGAUGUGAAGUUGAGCGUGAAAGAGAAAUACCCUAUCGAGUCGGCGCGACAGGACUUUCCUUUCCCUUCCCUCGAAGAAAUUACGGCGAGUUUCGAGAAAGCCAAGAAGGGGGAUAAUUUGCGACGGCUUCUGACACCUCAUGUCCUGUUUGGCGGCUCGCUGAUUGAUCACGUUUUGGCCGGAGCCGGCAUUGCCGCGAACGCAAAAGUUGAUGUGAAUGUCAAGAGGGAUCCGGAAACAAUUUCGAAAAUUUACGCAGCGCUCGAGAGCGGAAAAACGAUCUUGGAACAAAUCCAAAAUUCGACGCCAACCGGCUUUUUGACGUAUACCGAAGAGACGAGGGCUGAUGGCACGUCUGUAAAGGCCUACCAGGAGUAUCAGCCCUACCCAUUCGCUCAAACCACGCAAGCGCCCCACCUCGACUUCCCCACGUUUAGCCUGGCCAUCGAUGAGUUUUAUGCGAUGAUCGAGACGCAGAAGGUGGAUCAGAGAGCUCUGGCAAAGGAAAAAGAAGCGAUCAAGAAGUUGAACAAUGUGCGAAAAGAUCAAGAGACGCGCAUUCAGGGGCUCGAGGAGGCCAAGAAGCAACAGGAAUUGAUGGGCGAACGGAUUGUACUUAAUGAUAAAUUGGUCGAACGUGCGCUGGUCGUUAUGCGUACCCUCAUUGCCGCCCAAAGCGACUGGGCGGUCAUUGAGCAGUGGUGGCAGCAGGCUGUCGAUUCGGGAGACGCUACCGCCGGGAGCAUCACCAAAUUGGAUUUGAUGAACAACCAAUUCGCGAUGCGACUUGGCGACCCCUUCGAUGAGGAAGCGCCACCAGUAGAAGUCCGCAUUGACAUCUCCCUCAACGCCCACCAAAACUCGCGCAAAUAUUUUGUGGAUAAAAAGGCAGCCGCCGUCAAACAAAAUAAAACGAUCCAAGCGUCCGCGAUCGCUAUCAAGAAUGCCCAACAAAAGGCCAACCAAACUUUGGAAAUGGUCCGAAUCCGUUCUGACGUCAUGAAGAGCCGGAAACCGUUUUGGUUCGAAAAGUUCGUCUGGUUCAUCUCGUCUGAAAAUUACAUUGUGGUAUCGGGUCGUGACGCACAGCAAAACGAGCUGUUGGUAAAGCGGUACUUGCGUCCAGGUGAUGUCUACGUUCACGCCGAUCUGCGAGGAGCGGCGUCGGUGAUUGUGCGGAACAAAAAUGCAAAGAACGAGAUCCCGCCAAAAACGCUGGUCGAAGCCUCGCAGAUGGCUGUCUGUUGCUCCCAUGCCUGGGACUCGAAGGUGAUCGCCAACGCCUGGUGGGUACACCACGAUCAGGUGUCUCGAACCGCGCCAACUGGAGAAUACCUCCCUUCCGGUUCCUUUAUGAUCCGCGGAAAGAAGAAUUUCAUGCCCCAGAGUCAAUUAGUGCUCGGUUUUGCACUUUUGUUCAAGGUGGAUGAGGACAGUGUUCCACGUCAUCAAGGUGAACGGAAGCCAUUUACGAAAGAAGAGGCCGAAGAAGCGGCCCAAAACGAAGAAGCUUCCGCCAAUGUGGCUGAAGAGGCGGUGGCUGACGGAAGUGAUGAUGAUGGAGCAGAUGAGGAGAAGAAAGAGGAUGAAGAGGAAUUCCCUGAUGUCAGCGUCCCAAUUAGCUCGCUGAAAGUGGCAGAAGCCGGCGAGGAAUAUUCAAUUAUUGAGAUUGGAUCAAAAGCCGGCAGGGCCCCGCAGGUCAAGCCCGAGACGAAAAAGUACCUCGAGGAAAAGGAGAAGCAAGAAGAUGCCGCGACAAAACAAAAACGCGAGCAGCAGCAGGCCCAACGGCAGCGAAAUAAGCAGAAGCUCAUCAAGAAAAAGUACGGGGAUCAGGACGAAGAGGAAAGGGAGCUGCGCCUGACGAUCUUGGCCAGCAGGGGAAAGCAGCCGGAGAAGCCGGUGGAGAAGCCGAAGCAGCCGGUGGUCGAGCGACCCCCCAAACGAGAGCCCAAACCAAAAGCGGAAGCCCAAGCAAAUAACGAGGAGGAAGCCGAUGACAUCGUGACCUUUGACGAUGCCGUAGAAGAUGGAACUUUGCAAUCAUUGACCGGAAAGCCGGUCGAGGAGGAUACUUUGCUGUUUGCUGUCCCGGUUGUUGCACCGUAUCAAACGCUUACUACGUACAAAUACAAGGUGAAGCUGACGCCGGGCACUGGAAAGCGAGGAAAAGCCGUGAAGACGGCGCUCGAGUUGUUUAUGCGUUCCACCGCCGCUACCCAACGCGAAUUGACCCUGAUCAAGGCGUUGGUCGGAGAUGAAGCUGCCCCAAGAAAUGUCCCCGGGAAAGUCAAGGUGUCGGCUCCACAACUCUACAAG